CCAGCAGUAUCUUUUUUUUUUUUUUCUCUCUCUCUUUUUCUUUCUUUCAUUCAAAAUCGUCUCCUUUCUCACGAAUAAAGAAAAAAACAAGCAAAUCUUUCCCGUGAAAAGAUCCCACAGGGUCCUAGGAGCCUGCAGUUCUGUGAAUGAACCCUAAAGAACUAUAUACCUAAGCAAACAGACGAAGCUGACAGAGAGUUUGUGAGUGAGUUAUAGAUUGCUUUGAAUUUAGAUAGGCUUCUCCUGUAGAGAGACGACAACAAAUUCAGACAAGAACAAAUUCCGAAAUUGAAAAAAAUAGGUGGAAAAUUUUAUCACAGCCGAUCAUUAUCGAAAACCCUACACUUUUUUGUUUUCGUUUUAAGUCAAUGGAUUCUGCUUCUGGAGGGGGUGCUGCACACAACCCGAAUAGCAUCAACGAGGGUUCAUCAUCAGCUACAGCUACAGCUACAGCUUCAGCUUCAGCACCGCCUCCCACGACUUCACAACAAGGAGCAGGUGAGUCGUCUUCUUCCCCAGCUCCACCGAGUCGUUACGAGUCACAAAAGCGUCGAGACUGGAACACGUUCUUGCAGUACCUGAAGAACCAUAAGCCCCCAUUAACACUAGCUCGUUGCAGUGGUGCACACGUGAUUGAGUUCUUGAAAUACCUUGACCAGUUUGGCAAAACUAAGGUGCACGUAACGGGUUGUCCUUACUUCGGACAUCCAAACCCACCUGCUCCUUGCUCUUGCCCACUUAAGCAAGCGUGGGGUAGCCUCGACGCGCUGAUCGGACGGUUGAGAGCUGCUUAUGAGGAAAACGGCGGGCGUCCAGAAUCAAACCCUUUUGGCGCAAAGGCUGUUAGGAUUUAUUUGAGGGAAGUGAGAGAAGGGCAGGCUAAAGCUAGAGGGAUUCCUUAUGAGAAGAAGAAGCGAAAAAGGCCUACUGUCGCAACUACGGCUGUGGGGGUUAAUGUGUCGGUGGCUUCCAGUCAAGCUGUUGAUGGUGGUGAGGGUAGCGCCGGCUUUGGUGGCGGAGACGAUAGUGGUGGUGGAACUGCAGCUAAUGUUGGUACUGCCACCGCUGCUGUUACUACUGCUACCACGACUAGCGUAUAGUUAUUUUUUUUCCUUUUUUACUAUUUUUAUUCUUUUUUGCUUUUAAUAGCCGUUUUAAAUGUGAUUAUGAGUUAUAUAUAUCUGGCGGUUCUCUCUGAAAAUUGGAUCAAUAAACCAUGAACCAAAUUGAGUUAGAAAUCUAGUCUUAAUCUCUUUCGACCAGUUCUCUUUUUUCUCUGUUUGA